AUGUUGGUGGGCCUGCUGUACUCCAUCUGUUUAGCCUGUCAGUGGAUUUAUGGUUGGCCUGACAAGCCUGGGUGUAAGAAGUACAUAGAAGCUCUUAAUCCAAGGCGAAUAUAUCGUCUGACCCUCGCUACACUGGAUCUUCUCAAAUACCUGCAGUAUUGGAAAGUUUACUUUCAGCUGAAGUCAUGGUAUAACAAUGACAGGAAUCUAAAGUAUUAUGAAAAGGGCAUCACGUUUGGCCGCAGAGGCAACAAGCUGGACUUGUACCACCCUCCAAAUGUAGGGAAGCUGCCAUCACUGGCGGUAGUAUUUGUCUACGGAGGUGCAUGGGGCACAGGAGAAAGGUCCACUUACUGUUUACUGGGGAGUCGGAUGGCUGAAGAACUGAAAGCAACUGUAAUUUGUCCUGAUUACUGCACAUAUCCAAAGGGGAAUGUUUUAGGGAUGGUCCAAGAUAUCGCUGACUGCUUGAUUUGGGCCCACCAGAAUGGAGAGAAAUUUAACUUUGACAAAGACAACAUUGUAUUAAUUGGGCAUUCAGCAGGUGCACAUUUGUGUACACUCACCACACUGUUUCUUGUUGAUACAAGAGAGGAGCUUUCCAUAGAGCCAGACAAGCAACAGGAACUCUUCCUCUCGAUAAGAGGAAUUAUUGGUCUGAGCGGUGUCUACAACAUCGUGGACCACUAUGAGCAUGAACAGAAACGAGGAGUCGAACGAGUGUCCCCCAUGCACAAAGCGAUGAAUGGUGUGAAAAACUUUCCAUACUACUCACCAACACACUUACUAAAGAAGCUCAGCCAGGACAAAGUCAACAGAUUGCCUCCAUUUGCUUUGCUCCAUGGGACCAAUGAUAUUAUGGUUCCUGUUCAAUCUACCAUAAGAUUCUCAGAGCUUCUCACUUUGCGCUCUGUUAAGGUGUCAUUGAAUCUGCUUCCUGGAGUCGCCCACACUGAGACUGCCGUUGACCUCAUGGUGUCAAACAGAUGCCUCUACCAACCGAUCUACAGAUACAUCAAAGAAGAGUUCAGAAAACUUCUGGGUACCUGCUGA